UGCUAGUCUCAUUCCGUCGGCUUAUAAGGCCUAACUCAAUGCUCAAAGCUUCCCCAAUACUAUCCCCUGGUGAAAGUGAAAAUGGAGGUUUACAGCAGAAGGCUAAUGUUUCUGGUGUUUGCAUUUGCAUUAGUAAGCAUAGGGUAUGCACAAGAGUCGAACUCGACCACUCUGGUUCCAGCAAUACUGACUUUUGGUGACUCAGUGGUAGAUGUGGGCAAUAAUGAUUAUCUCCCCACCAUCUUCAGGGCUAAUUACCCUCCUUAUGGGAGGGACUUCGCCAACCAAAAGCCUACCGGGAGGUUUUGUAAUGGAAAGUUGGCCACUGACAUCACUGCUGAAACUCUGGGGUUUACUACUUAUCCACCAGCAUAUCUAAGCCCUGAAGCAUCAGGGAACAACCUUCUUAUUGGAGCCAAUUUUGCUUCUGCUGGAUCUGGUUAUGACGACAGAGCUGCCUCUUUGAAUCAUGCUAUCACGUUGAGUCAGCAAGUAGAGUAUUUCAAGGAGUACCAGGCAAAGCUAGCAAAGGUAGCUGGUAGUAGCAAGUCAGCAUCCAUCAUCAAGGAUGCACUCUAUGUAUUGAGUGCUGGAAGCGGUGACUUUCUUCAGAACUACUAUGUCAAUCCUUUGGUUAACCAUGCCUAUACUCCAGACCAGUAUGGCUCUUUCCUUAUUGAUGCCUUCACAAGAUUCGUCCAGAACGUGUAUGGCUUGGGAGCGAGGAAAAUUGGUGUUACUUCUCUUCCUCCGUUAGGUUGCAUUCCCUUAGCAAGAACAUUGUUUGGUUACCAUGAGAAGGGAUGUGUGAGCAGGUUCAAUACCGACGCUCAGCAAUUCAACAAAAAGCUCAACGCAGCAGCAACCAAUCUCCAGAAGCAACACCCUGAUCUCAAGAUUGUGGUUUUUGACAUUUACAAGGCCCUUCUUGAUGUUGUUAAUACCCCUUCAAACUAUGGUUUCGUAGAAGCAACGAGAGGCUGCUGUGGCACAGGGACUGUAGAGACAACUGAAUUCUUAUGCAAUCCGCAUACACUGGGAACUUGUCCCAAUGCCUCCCAGUAUGUGUUUUGGGACAGUGUUCAUCCAUCGCAGGCUGCUAAUCAGGUACUUGCAGAUACAUUGAUUGUUCAGGGCAUUCCCCUCCUUUGAUUCGCCAGGACACCGUGUCUACUUGCCCUUUUUAAACUGUACUAAGCUCUGUCACUACUCCUUUUUCUAUUAUCUUAAUCAAAAAGUGACUCGUAUUGUAGAAGCUUGUAUUUGUAGUUAAACCUUCCUUUUUCCUCAA